AUGCUAAAAGUCGCACUAACUAGAUCAUAUUCGGCUCUCUCGAAGCGUACAAAUAAGGUCAAGGUUCAGAUACUCAAAGACUUUCCUCAAUUUCAGCUUUAUAAGGGCCAGGUAACCAGGGUUAGUCCAUCUCUUAUGAGAAACUACCUACAUAUUGGUAAUGGUGCUCGCUAUAUUCUGAGCGAAAGCGAUGUGGACGAAGAACUCCUACAAGUCUCUGCUGAAAAGAUGUUAAAGAAACCCGUUGAUACGAGCAAAGUGAUCAAGCAAGUCAAACCUAAAACCCAAGCUGCGGCGGUUGACGUGACCAGCAAUACAAAGGCUACAAUUUCAACUGAUGAGAACCCUAAAAAGAAGGAAGAAAAGGUACUCUCUAGCGGAGUGACGUUAAAGGAUGUCAAAAUCCCUGGUUUGGAUUUAUAA